AUGCAGAAUCCUACUGACCAUUCUGAAAAUACUCCUAUUGAUAGACUUUUCAAAAUUCGACCUCUUAUAAAUUAUUUCAAUACCAAAAUGAAUAAUAUUUAUUACCCUAAUAAAGAGCUUUCACUCGAUGAGUCAAUGGUAUUGUGGAGAGGCCGCCUUAUUUUUCGACAGUAUAUACAAAAUAAACGCCAUAAAUAUGGUGUUAAAUUGUACAUGCUUACCGAACCAAAUGGACUUAUUAUAAAAUUUGCUGUAUAUACGGGUGUUUUAGAUGACCUAGGAGGUAAAGGUCAUGCUGCAAACGUAGUACUACAUCUGAUGUCCGAAAAAUUAAAUAAUGGUCAUUCAAUGUACAUGGACAAUUUUUAUAAUAGCAUCGAUUUAGCUGAACAAUUAUUACAAAAAAAGACAUACUGUACGGGCACAUUAAGAUCUAACUGA